GAUAACUGACCCACCACUGACCUCUUUUUUUCUUUUCUUUUCUUUUUUUUUUUUACAGCCUAGCUGAUAAUUUGUCAGUCUCCUCCCAUCAUGGAGUGGCUUUAAGAUCAGGCUCCCAGCGCGUUUCCUCAGUCCCUUUUCCAGCGUUUUCAGGAAGAAAGUCUAAAAUGUUUUUCACAUUAUUUUCACCAACCACUUGGACGUUGCUGGCGAUCGUGUUUACCCUGCUUUUGCUGUAUGGAAUUUGGCCAUAUCGUUUUUUCAAAAAGCUGGGGAUACCUGGACCAUCGCCUCUCCCUUUUGUUGGAACAGGGCUUGGCUUUAAAAAGGGAAUUCUUGCUUUUGACCAAGAGUGCCAUGCGAAGUAUGGGGACAUCUGGGGGUUGUACGAUGCAAGAACACCGGUUUUAAUGGUGGCUGACCCUGAGAUUAUUAAAACUGUCACUGUGAAGGAGUGCUACACUGUGUUUACCAACCGCAGGGAUUCUGGUUUUAUGAAUGGACCUCUGGAUGAUGCAGUUUCAGUAGUCAAAGACGAGAGGUGGAAAAGAAUUCGGAACACCGUGUCCCCAUGCUUCACCAGUGGAAGACUGAAACAGGUUUAUCCCCUUGUUGCUCGCUAUGCAGACCGACUUGUUGCUAAACUUGAGGAAACAAAUUUGGAUGAACCCAUCAAUGUCAAACAGUUUGUGGCUCCUUACAGUUUAGACACUGUGACCAGUGCUUCUUUCAGCGUGGAGACAGACUCCAUAAACAAUCCAAAUGAUCCUGUGAAUGUGCAGGUCCAGAAGGUCCUUAACUUCAAAUUUUGGCCUAUACUUUUCCUAAUGAUUUUUCCCUUUGGUAAACAUCUGCUGGAGCUCCUGAAGAUUGAAAUCAUGCCCAAAGACAGCAUUGACUUUUUCUACAACAUCAUUAAGAGAUUUAAAACCCAGCAUCGUGAAGAUGAAUCUGCCCGAGCAGACUUCCUGCAGGUGUUAAUUCAGAGUGAGAUCCCAAAAAAGGAGUAUAAGAAUGAUGAAGAGCAGCCAAAUAAAGGUUUGACUGAACAUGAGAUCCUUUCCCAGGCCUUGGUCUUUAUCUUGGGAGGCUAUGAGACCACCAGUACCACUCUUACAUACAUGCUUUAUAAUCUGGCCACCAACCCUGAUGCGUUGCAGACCUUACACAAAGAAAUUGAUGCUAAGCUGAAGAAAGAUGCACCCAUUUCUUAUGAGGAGCUGACCGACCUGCAAUACCUGGACCAUGUUAUACUCGAGUCAUUGCGUUUGAUUCCCACUGGCCCUCGGCUCGACAGGACAUGCAAAAAAACUGUGCAAGUGCAUGGCCUCACCAUCCCUGAAGGAACCGUAAUUGGGAUUCCUGUGUGGCUGUUGCACAAAGACCCACGCUACUGGAACUCACCUGAGCUUUUCAGACCAGAGAGGUUCAGUAAAGACAGCGGGGAGGAGGUGAACCCAUAUGCGUACAUGCCGUUUGGACUCGGCCCUCGUAACUGCGUUGGGAUGCGCUACGCCCUCCUCGUCAUGAAGAUGAUUAUUGUCCGUCUCUUGCAGAAGUACACUUUGGAAACGUGCAAAGAGACCAUGAUUCCACUUCAGUUUGACUGGAAGUUUCAGCCAGUUCAGCCUGUAAAACUCAAGAUUGUUCCCAGAAAUCAGUAAUCUAAGAGGGAACAUCUUCAAAUCCCAUCAAACAUGUUAUUUUAUGCUUUUGCUUUAACGUGAGGGAACUGCUG